GAGAUCUCGCGAGAGAAGCGUCCCUAUGAAUGAGGUCUCGCGAGAGGGGCGUUCUUUCUCCUUUUGCUCUCGGCAAGAUGCCUUCCAGAUUGAGGAAGACAAGGAAACUAAGGGGUCACGUUAGCCAUGGACAUGGGCGAAUUGGCAAGCACAGAAAACAUCCUGGAGGACGUGGUAAUGCUGGGGGCAUGCACCAUCAUAGAAUUAACUUUGACAAAUACCAUCCUGGUUAUUUUGGGAAAGUAGGCAUGAGACAUUAUCAUUUGAAGAAGAAUGCGGAGUACUGCCCUACAGUCAACCUAGAUAAGCUCUGGACCCUUGUUAGUGAGCAGACAAGACUCAACUAUGCCAAAAAUCAGGCUGGAUUAGCACCCGUUAUUGAUGUUGUACGCUCAGGUUAUUACAAAGUCCUGGGCAAGGGCAAACUGCCCAAACAGCCUGUAAUUGUGAAAGCAAAGUUCUUCAGCAGAAAAGCAGAAGAGAAAAUCAAAGCAGUCGGUGGAGCUUGUGUGUUAGUGGCAUAAAGCGCUUUUGUAUGUCUUUGUAUUCAAAUAAACAUGAUUUCAGA